AUGGCGUUGCCUGGCGGAGCUGAAAGUAAUUGGCCGAUGCAGACAGACAGAGCCGGUUCUCUGGAGAGCGUCACCCUUUCCGAGACAGCCUGUGGCAAAUUUCUUGGACGUAUACGCGGAAGCGCUGAAAACACCUCGUCCAUGUACAUUAUGACCUGCAUCAACUUUGCUUUUGCAAAACUCCUCCUAUACAAAGGCUGCAAUGUCGUUAUUGCCGACAUUAAACUGCGACCAGAGGCUGAGGCUCUGCUGAGCGAGUAUAGCAGCAGCAGCAGCAGCAGCAGCAGCAGCUCCGACGGAGCGCCGCGCGCCGUCUUUGUCAAGACGGACGUUUCCGCGUGGGAGGAUCUGCGCAACAUGCUCGACAAGGCCGUCUCCGAGUUUGGAAGCUUUGACAUAUUGUGCCCCGGCGCGGGCGUCUUUGAGCCUCCCACGUCCAACUUUUGGCACCCGCCCGGCUCCGGCCCGAGCCGCGACUUUGUAGACGCCAACCACUACACGGCGCUGGACAUUAACCUCACGCACCCGAUCCGCGCGACGCAGCUGGCCCUCCAGCACUGGCUGAAGCCGGAGAAUGCAGGCCGACAGACGCCUGAUUUUCCCAAGCGCGUGGUCAACGUUGCGUCCAUUGCCGGCUACACGCCCCUCUUUCACUGCCCGCUGUACGCGGCGGCCAAGUAUGGCGUGGUGGGCUUCACGCGCUCCCUGGCGCACCUGGAGGCCGUGGCGGGCAUCCGCGUGAGCGCGAUAGCGCCCGGCGCUGUGAGCACGCCCAUGAUCCACGAGCAUCCGGAGGAACUCGUCGAUGCCGACAAGCACGCGCUCAUCAGCCCGCAAGAGGUGGCCGAGGCCAUGCUGUCGCUGGUCGAGUCCGAGGACUACCCCGGCGGCACCGUUUUGGAAGUCGGCGUCGCGUAUACCAGGACGGUGUCGGUGUAUAAUGAUCCAGGCCCGACUCAGGAACUGCGCCAGGGAACGACAUUGUCCGGGAUGAAAAAUAUUGCAGAGACUAUUGCAAAGACGCUGCAAGACGGGACAUGGCAGAACAAGUAG